AUGGCCGGCUCUGCAACUGAGGAGAAAACCUUCCGAAGGUUCUUGGAGCUCUUCCUCCGAGAGAUGAGACCACCACUCCAGGAGAAUGACCCUGUCCCAAUGCGCCCUUUGUCUGACCUCACCUCGGAGGACGAAGUUGAAGGGGAAUGCCUCGAUAUGUGUCUUCAGCACCUGUGCAAAUAUAACUGCCCCUUCUCCCUGGCGGCUGCCCUGGCGCGGGCUACAGCAGACAGUGUUCUGCAGAGUGACCUCUCCAUCUACCACAUCCAGAAGACCGUUGAGGAUGGAGUAGACCCUUUCCCCCAGAUUGAGUCGGUGGCCUUUGCCCGGCUCAUCUUCAAUAAGUUGUGUGAAACAUGCUGCCUGUGGCUGAAAGACUUCCCUUACCGCCGCCGACCUCAGCCCUACUACGAGACCUCCAUCCACGCCAUCAAAAACAUGCGCCGCAAGAUGGAGGACAAACACAUCGUCAUCCCCGACUUCAACACCCUGUUCAACAUACAGGACCAGGAGGAGCAGGCCUUCUUCGCAGUGUUCGAUGGCCAUGGGGGCGUGGACGCCGCCAUCUACGCCGCCAACCACCUCCACGUCAAUAUGGUGCACCAGGAGUGCUUCAGCCAAGAUCCGGGGGAGGCCCUGUGUCGCGCCUUCAGAGUCACCGAUGAACGCUUCAUCCGGAAAGCUAAGAUGGAGAACCUGCGCUGCGGCACCACGGGGGUGGUGACCUUUCUAAGGGGGCGGACCCUGUAUGUGGCCUGGCUAGGGGACUCACAGGUCAUGCUGGUCAAGAAAGGCCAGGCCGUGGAACUGAUGAAGCCUCACAAGCCUGACAGAGAGGAUGAGAAGCAGCGUAUUGAGGCUCUGGGAGGCUGUGUCAUCUGGUUCGGCACGUGGAGGGUUAAUGGCAGCCUGUCCGUAUCCAGAGCCAUAGGCGACAAUGAGCACAAGCCCUACAUCUCUGGCGUUGCUGACCAACACAUCGUCCCAUUGGACGGCACGGAGGACUACCUGAUCCUGGCCUGCGACGGCUUCUACGACACAGUCAGCCCCGACGAGGCGGUGCGUGUGGUCAGCGACCACCUGACGGAGAACAGCGGCGACAGCACCAUGGUGGCCCACAAGCUGGUGGCCUCGGCCCGUGACGCCGGCUCCAGCGACAACAUCUCAGUCAUUGUGGUCUUCCUCAGAGACCUCCGCGCGCCCCCGCCGGGAGAGGAGGACGAAGAGGGGGAGGAGGAAAAGGACGAGGAAGUGGCGGAGGACGGGGGCACCACGGACGUUGGGGGGAAGGGUCAUUGUUUCCUGCAGCAGUGCUCGGCUCCAGCCGACCUGGGCUAUGAAGACCGCACGGACUCGUUGACAGACAGAACCAGCCUAGGCCUGCUGGGGCCCAUGCUGGGAGAGGAUGGUCGGAUCAGGCUCCCCCCUGCCUGCUCACACCCUACCCCCUCCUUAGCCCUCACCCAGAACCUCAUGCCUGCCCAGGGCCAUGGGGCGGCCUGGUUGCCCUGCCUAGAGGAGGGGCUCCAGGUCUCCAGGCACAAGCCCCAGCCUAAACCCUGUGUCCCCACCUGCCAGGAGCCCAGCUCAGACGGACAAUGGCCCCUGGCGGCUGCCCUGUUUGGCCACGCGGGGAGGCGCACCCGGAGGAUGGAGUGCGUGAGCCCCAGGUGGGGGUGGGUGUCCCGGCGUUGGGGCCGUGCCCCCAGGGAGCUCCCCGGCCUGCUGCACUCCACCCAUAGUGUGCCCUACCCCCAGCGCUGUCCCGAGAGGAGGCCCGGGGUGGCCCUGCCCCACCUGCCCCACGGCAGCAGAAUCUGAUGAUGUGACCUAAUCUUCACUAGCUCCUCGAU